AUGGCGGUGCGAACGCAAGAGAAGCCUCACAAGGCUGAAGAUGAAGGCGAUGUCUCAAACUGCGUACACAACCUUAUAGAAGCAUUCACAAAUGGCCUCAACAUCUUCAAGCGCUUGCGCGAAAGAAGGCAAAAACAUAAAGCGCGCAAACAAAGUCAACCCCCAGAACCGAUGCAGAGCGCAGAGCUGCAACUGUCCAAUUCACUGCGCAGAGGUCCACAAGAUCUAGCGGAGAGGUACGAAGAAUGCUAUCGACAGAAGGGUAUGCGGCACAGAUUCGCAGAGGGUGACUCAAUCGCUCACGCAUCUCUUGCCGAAAUCUUGAUGAGGCUCAACACAGGCCUCGUCGGCAUCAUCACCACAUUCCUGCACCAUGAAAAUAAAGGCACCCAUAGCCACAUGAACCUGAAUUACAAGUCCUUGACAGAUUUAUCCGAAGCAUCAAGACGAGAUGCGCUGACAAGUAUGAGCCAAUUAUACCAACGCCUGAGCCACUUGCAACUACAGAUCCACCCUGCGCUUAAGUCGAAGACACCACAAUACUGUGAAUCGUCAGGCAACAGCUCCGACUCCAGCAAAGAUACCAAGAAGUCCACCGCUUCUCGUCGCCGCCCUAGCGGUUCCCACGUGACGCGUAUGCCAAUUAAGAGCUCUAGCCAGCCUCAGCUCUGCAUGGUGCGGUCUAAGUCAAGAAAUACUUCAAGAAAAGACAAUGCUUCAAGCAGCAACUCUAGCACAUCGAAACCUGACUUAAAGUCAAGCUCACCCCACGCAUCGCCGUAUGCCUCGCCCCUACAAUCGCCAGUUCCUGAGUACGCUGUCCUGGACCCAAUGAUUCAGUGUAGAUCAGACUUCAAAAGCGCCGCACACGCUCGAGGCGCAUAUGCAGACGCGCCACUACCACGACCAAAUACUGACCGCAAACGCGUCGAAUCCCUCGAUGCUAUCCGCCCAGUCGCAUGGUCACCCUACGCUCAGCCGUACGACUAUUUCUCCUUCAUGCCCGAGCAUAUCCACCAACCAAUCCCAGAGCUGCCCCAAUUUACCUCAACCCCGAGGAAGAGCUCAGCAUCACCGGCCACCAAAAAGCCGCCGCCCGUUCCAGCCAAACCGUCAUCUCUCAGCAACGCCACCAAGCCAGCAGCACCAUCCGUGUCAGCGCCAAUGAAGAGGAGACUAGAUAAAGUGACGCCGAGCUCGUAUACAUUUGCGAGCGAUAGCACGAAGCUGGGCGAGAUUCCCGAGAGCAGGUGGGCGAAGCCGUGGGAUUACGAACAUGCAGAGAUGCUGAAUAAUAUGGCGGCUGCGGCUGCGAAGGUGAGAGUUCCGACGCCGGCCGCCGAAGAGAAAGGAAAGGGGAAAGAGAAGGAGAGGAAGGGGCUGAGGUUUUGGAAACGGGGGGAGACUGUUUAG